AUGCAUCGUCUGACCGUUCAAUUAAUGAUUAUUAAUUGUAUUCGUAUAUUAAUGGAGGAAUUGAAAUAUGAUUCAAUUAAAUCUAUUACAGAAUUUUUUCAACAAGUAACGGAUAAUCAGGAAUACAAAGAUACAUUUGAAAAUGACGUUUAUAAAUUUCGACUAAAUAUUGAAAAGCGUGCACAAAAAGAAAAUGAAGAGAUUCAAGCCAUUAAAUCAUUAACAAAAGAUAAAGACGAUGAUGAAGAGGAACAAACAAAAACUAAUAAAGAAAAAUUUUCAGAAAAUAUGAAAAAAUGGCCAUUUGAAGAAUAA